GAAAGUACGCGGAAUCCGAGAUGCUGCAUCGACGCGCGCUGGAGUUGCGUGACGAGGUUCUCGGACCUGACCACCCCGAUACCCUAACAAGUGCCAACAACCUGGCUCUGGUGCUGCAACGCCAAGGAAAGUACGAGGAAUCAGAGACCAUGAAUCGCCGUGCCCUGGAAGGGCGGGAGAGAAUUCUUGGACCCGGCCAUCCAGAUACUCUAUCAAGCGUCAGCCAUCUGGCCAUGGUGCUACAUUAUCAAGAAAAGUACGGUGAAUCAGAGACCAUGGAUCGACGUGCCCUGGAGGGUCGCGAAAAGAUUCUUGGGGCAGAACACCCAGACACUUUGAUAAGUGUAGGAAACCUAGCUCUAACACUGCACAGACAAGGAAAGUAUGAUGAAUCAGAGAGGAUGGAUAGACGUGCACUUGAGGGACGCGAGAAG